UCUUUGACUUGGUCACGGCAGCGUUCAGGUUCUUCUUUUCUGCUUUUGCGCAGCUGAAAUGGACUUUCAGCCCCCGAGGAGAUGAUCCAUCGGUUUCUGGAAGGAUAAUGCAACUCGGGGGACCGACGAAACAAUGAUCAGAUGUUUUUGCGGAUUACGUCUGCGGGACUAUUUCGCUUUUUUUGGGAACUCCGCUGCUGUUCCCGCUUACCUCAGUGAGCAGUUUUAAGUGAUACGUGACUUUUAAAGAUUUUAUUUUCUGGAAUAUGACGUGCCAUUUUAUUUUGCGGUGUUAGUUCUUUUAUGUCGGUGUCAGACUCGGAGAGGUUUUGUGCGUCAUUACGCGCGCGGUGCGCCCUUCGUCGGAAUUAUGCACCAGGAGCGCCUGCUCAAAGUUCUGGUCAUCGGUGACCUGGGAGUCGGAAAAACGUCCAUCAUAAAGCGCUACGUCCACCAGGUGUUCUCCCAGCAUUACCGCGCCACCAUCGGGGUGGACUUCGCCCUCAAAGUCCUCAACUGGGAUCACAAGACCGUGGUGCGCCUCCAGCUGUGGGACAUCGCUGGGCAGGAACGUUAUGGCAACAUGACCCGCGUCUACUACAGAGAGGCAGUGGGAGCACUUGUUGUCUUCGACAUGACUCGACUGUCCACAUUUCAGGCUGUCCUCAAAUGGAAGGGAGACCUGGACUCCAAGGUCACCCUGAGUGAUGGCACGCCAGUUCCAGCUGUUCUAUUAGCCAACAAGUGUGACCAGAAGGGUUUGUGUCCCAAACUCCCCAAACUGGAGAACUUCUCCAGAGAACACGGAUUCCUUGGCUGGUAUGAAACCUCUGCCAAGGACAACACCAACAUCGAUGCCGCCGUCAUGUGCCUGGUGAACAACAUCUUGUCUAUGGAAGAGCAGAGAGCACUAACGGAUGUUAAUGCAGAAGGAAGCAUUCUAGUGCUCCCUCACUUGGACUACCAUACAAAAAAGAAGAGUCCCAGCGGAUGUUCCGGUUGCUCUACGAACAAACCCAGAGAGACGACCAAAGAAGGAGGGAUUGAUCUAAACUAGGAAA